GAGGUUGUCUCAAAAAAGAAAUCCACAAGGCACGAGGAGAGAGAGGGUACAGGGAAGUGGAUUGGUGAAGGCGGCGGGAUGAUCUACCGGAGCUGGUCGCUGCUCUCGUCGACGGUGGCGAUCUGGGGCGGAGCCUCCGCCGCAGGGCUCGCCGUCAUCUCCCUCUCUGGCGGCAAGGAAAAGUUUCAGGACUACCUGUGCCGCGAAGGCGAUAGGCUGAGGCGGCAGGACAGGGCCACCAUGACCAGCGCCAACUAAUGGACCAUGGAAGAAAGCGCCACAAGACAAAGAAACGAGCAUUUCAUCAUAUAUCUACAUCCGUGAAGGAGUCUUGGUCCAAUAAUCCUCUGCCGUGUUUUAAACAUGAUGCGAUCUGGUGUCCUCAUCGAAUCCAAUAAUGGUUGCUCGACAUGAUGUAGUACUUGGUACGGCCUGAUGAUCUUCGCUUUCCGGCUUGUCAAGUGGCUCAGACCUUUAUCUUCGCAACAGUUUCGUCCUUGUCUGAGAACAAUCUUUGCGCCUUUUUGGAUUUGAUCACUGCCUCUUUCUUGUUUUCUUCUUUUUUUUGCAAGGAUUUGGCCACCGUUUCAAAUAUGUUGAAUAAACACCAUGAGAUUCAGUUGGGUUC